AUGGCUUCCAGAACUCCUCGGGACCUAAGCGGUAUGCAAGGUCAGGAAACUCUGUCACAGCACACAAAUUCGGCGCGCAAGGCAACAUUACAGGCGUCUCCCGAACUACCCCGACAGCGUACGGCCUCUAUGUCGUCUGGUGCAAUACACGAGCUGCAAGACGGUGUUUUGAACAGUGGUUUGGAUGCAACGGGGACAUCUAAACGACUGUUGAAUGCUUACAUUUACGACUUUCUUUCCAAAUCAUCGUUAUCAGAGACUGCCAAAGCAUUUUCGCAAGAGGCCAUUCUUGAGGAAAAUGGCCAGCGGCCCAUGCCUAACACACCCUUUCGCCCACAAAAUGAUGCACCACAAGGGUUUUUGUAUGAGUGGUGGCAAAUUUUCUGGGAUGUUUUCAAUGCCAGGACACACAGAGGGGGUUCUGAAAUGGCUCAGCAGUAUUUUCAACUGCAGUUUGACGCCCGAAGGCAGGAACAUACGUAUCGUAAUGUGGCUAUGCAUGCUGCUCGUACGCAGCAACAAGCUGAACAGCGUGGUGAUUAUCAAGGCGAGACUUUUGAUCCUACGAUGUUUGGCAUGAUGCUCGCUGGGACUUCUGCUGCUCCAGCCACGGGGAUUGCGACCGAGAGUAGAAGCUAUUCAUAUACAAAUCAACCAGUUGCAGCUCCAAGGCGGCCUGAACAAGGUCAAUUUGCAGCGGCACAGCAACAAAUGGCUGUCCACGCACCUCGCCAACAGCAGCGGCAACAGCAACCAACUGCAGACUAUUUCCCGCCUCAGGCUCAAGCUCAAGCCCAGGCUCAGGCUCAGGCUCAGGCUCAGGCUCAGGCUCAGGCUCAGGCUCAGGCUCAAGCUCAGGCCCAACAGGCUCAAGCUCAGGCUCAAGUUCAGGCUCAGGCGCAACAGGCUCAAGUUCAGGCUCAAGCUCAGGCCCAAGCUCAAGCUCAGGCUCAGGCUCGUGCCCAGGCUCACCAUUUCCAGGCGCAAGAUCCGCAAGCUCAAGUUCAGGCCCGCUUACAAGCUCAUAUACGUGAUCAGCAGGCUCAGGCCCAGGCCCAGGCUCAGGCUCAGGCUCAGGCUCAGGCUCAGGCUCAGGCUCAGGCUCAGGCUCAGGCCCAGGCCCAGGCUCAGGCUCAGGCUCAGGCUCAGCAAAUUAGGCAGCGGGCGGCUCCCGCAACUAUCCGCCAGCAGCAGGUGCAACAGCAAGUUCAACAUCAACAAUUUCAGGGGCAAUCGCAACCACAGCAUCAACAAGUUUCACAAAUACCUUUGCAGCAUUCGCCACAUCACCACCCGUCUUUACAACAUUCCCAACCACCCUCCCAAGUUUACUCCCAUCAAAUGAUGCCCAAUGGAGGAAAUCCAUUAGUAGUUUCUGGUGUUAAUGGGCCUAUGUACAUGGCACCCUCGGUUCCACAAAAAUCAAACUUUCCUCCUGGUUAUGUUCAACAAGUUGGGCCGCCGCCAGCACACCAAUCACAGGGCCUACAGCAACGUCGCUUGCCGCCACAACUCACACACAGCCAGCAGCUGCUCCAGCACCAGCAACAGCAACAGCAACAGCAACAGCAACAGCAACAGCAACAGCAACAGCAACAGCAACAGCAACAGCAACAGCAACAGCACCAGCACCAGCAGUCAUUGCAAAAUCAAUUUUAUGGACCAGCUUCGUCGCAUUAUUCUAACAAGAAAAGCGGCGCUGCCGCGUCACCAGAAAUACCUCAUGAUGCUGCACAAGAGGCUCACCUUUCCAAUAUGGACGGUUUAUACAAUUAUCAAAAGCAGCUGUUAAUGCUAGAAAAAGAGAAUGAGCAGGCAAUCUUGCACAGAUCAGCUGCAUCUACGCCUGGUUUCGUCUUGAACAAGACUAACGCUCCGGUUUACUCAGGAUCAUCUCCGCUGAGUAUAAAUACCAUGAAUGGCCCAGCAAGCUUCGGUCCUAACUCAUCGUCAAGGUCUAAAGAUCGGCCACGACGCAAAUCCUCGACCACUAAGGCAGGCGGACCUACGCUCAACGCUACCAAAAAAAAUCAAUCAGAGCCAGUAACCCCUGUAGGACCCUUCACCCCUGCAGGCAGCUCACUCAAUAAACACAUGUCAUCAAGUGCUCUAUCGACUGUAAAUGAGACGCCAAUGGACACCUCUGGUGAAACCAAAGACUUCUUAAUAAGCCAGAAAGGUGGACAAAAGCGCGUGAAGAAAGCAAAGAAGAUGCAGGCGGCGAACUCUUCAACAGGUUUAACCACAAGCCCCUCCUCUCCGCUAGUAGAAUCAUCAGCGGAUACUAAAAGGCCCAAAAGCUCCAGUGCCUGUCGUAACAAGCCUAAAAAGACAACAGCAGCUUCCAGCAUUAAGGGUCCCACCAGAAUAGCGCGGUCGGCGGGAACGACCCCGCUAACGGCAGACGAUGUUCACCCGGAAAGCGCCAGUAGCAAUGAUACUACCAGUAUUAUCGGAACUUUCCCAACUUCGGUUGCCACUGAACCCACGCCACAAACCGAUUUUGAUGCUCUGGCUCAAAAUGACCCUACAUUAGGCUCUACAACGUACAAUUUUGAGGAUGACGAUAUAUUCAGUUUGGGAAGCGAAGUGAUCGAAAAAUCUGCACCGUCCAAAAACCCCUCAUCUAAACCAAGCUCAACGCAAUUACAACCUCAAGCUCCUGCUGAUGAACCUUUCAACCUUGACUUCCUUGAUCCCAGUUCGAAUAUGAACUAUGGCCUCAAUCUAAUGAACUGGCCCUAA